AUGGAGGGGGAAUCGUCGGGUACGCCCACAGAAUGUGACCUAGAUGCGGAGGUUGUGCGGAAAAUGUUUGAUUUCUCUCUAUCUGAAAAAGGGGCCGGCGAAAUCGAAAUCCAAAAGACAGAUGUCAAAGUUAGUGAGGAAGAAUGUAAGAGGAGCUUGUUUGGUAAAAUCGUGGGAGAUAGACUGGCCAGUCUUUUGGGCAUUAAGAGAGCUAUGUCUUACAUAUGGAAGCUUAAGCAGCCGAUGGAGGUAAAAGAGCUCAGUAUGAAUUUUUUCCAGUUUAUCUUUAGCUCAACUGAAGAUAAAGAUAAAGUUGCUGCUGGACAUAACUGGAUUUAUGAAAACCAGUAUUUGGUUCUCAAGGAAUGGUUCCCUGGUCUGGUUAGUAAUCAUGGUGCUUUCGAUGAAGUCAAACUCUGGGUUCAAGUAUUAAAUGUUCCGUUGAACUGGAUGUGCACUGAUGUAGGUGUCAAAAUAGGAAGAAUUUUUAAAGGGGUGAAGAAUGUCAAUGUAUGUAAGUUGGGAGGAGCCUUGGGUAGUUUCAUUAAAAUUCUGGCGGUGAUUAAUACUAAGGAACCUAUUCCCAGAUGUACUACGAUAAAAUUAGGUGAUCAGCGUGUCAGGGUUGCCUUUCGAUAUGAAAGGCUAAUUAAUCUGUGCUAUUACGGUGGCUAUUUGGGGCAUCUUGAGAGAAACUGUAAAAAGAAGAUGGUAGACAUCGACAAGGAUCAAGUCACUGAUGGCCAGUUCGGGGAGUGGCUAAAAACCUCAGAGACAUUUCCUGGUGGGAGGCACAGCUAUGCGAGUAGCUCUGGUGAUCAUCAAUCCCCACCCAUCCAUAAUUCGAAUGUGGAACCGGUUGUCUCUAACAGUGUCACACCAGCCUCAGUCCAUCAAGUAGUAAUCUUGGGGUCAAGUAGUGACAAUGGCAAAAGAAAGGUGGAUCUUGAUGCUAGAGAAGAUUUGGUUGAGGAUAAUGAACAGAAUGUGCAGCAGAAUCUCAGUAUUAUGGGAAGCAUUGUAGAACCUGACAUCCCAGAGACAGCCAUGAUGGUAGUGGAAAACACAAUAACUGGGGAUAAGAAGUGUGAUGUUUUGGUGGAAUGGCAGAAGGAUGGUGGACAACAGGCUAUUGGGGAUCCGCCCAGAAAUCCUCAUGUUGCUACAUGGAAGAGAAGGGCAUCUAUGGACAGAAGACUCCAGAGAAUGGAAGAGCAAGUUCCUGAGGAGAGUCUUCCUCCCUUCAACAAAAGAAAUAGAGAGAAGCUUGGGUUUGAGAAUAGAUGGCACUUUGAGGUUCCUAAUGGCACUAGAGGGGGAAUGCUUGUGAUGUGGGAUCACUCUGUAGAAAUCAGAAGUGCCUCUGAACAUAAUGUGGUGUUGUUUGAUACCGAGGUGGAGUUCCAGAAGAAGAGGAAGAGGUUCACUUUUGACCCCAGGUGGCUGAAAAUGGAAGGGGUGAAUGAGGCUGUGGCUUCUGGUUGGGAUAUUUCUGUUCAAGGGUCCCAGAUGUUUAUGGUGCAUGAGAAAGUGAAGAACACUAGAAUGUCAUUGCUGGCUUGGGCUAAACCUUUGAAGAGAGACAAUGCCAAAGUUAUUCAGAAGACUAAUGGAGCUUCAUGGCUUUGGAACUCCUGGGCCUGUUUCAUUCCUACCCUACUGAGUCACUUGAAUGUUGUCAUUAAGAAUGGGUGUUCUGUGAGAUUGAAUGAUUUCAACUGGGUGCCUGGUGAACUUGGGAGAAACCUCUAUUGA